CGCGCACGUUCCAGCACUGCUACUCUUACGACGCAGUCUCAAACAUGGUGCGCAAUCUCACUGCUGCCUUGAACAGCAAGGGCUGGUUCAAGUAUAAGAUGCCCGAAUGGUCAUUUGACCACGUUGUCGUAGGUGGUGGUGUGGUUGGUCUAACUAUCGCAAGGCAGCUGCUCCAACGAUUUCCAGGCAAGACCACAUGUCUGCUCGAAAGACAUCCCUCAGCAGGUGUGGAGAUUAGCUCGAGAAACUCGGAGGUCAUUCAUUCAGGGCUAUACUAUCCUCCAAAUUCGCUGAAAUCACGCCUUUGUCUCCGUGGACGUCAAUUGCUCUACGACUACUGUGAAAAGCACGAUAUUCCUUUCCAGCGAACGGGCAAGCUGGUCGUUGCUACCGAACCUAAUCAACUUCCGUACCUCGAAUAUCUGAGAUCCAAUGCUCGAUCCCUCCUACCGCCGCCUCACUGGACAUCAAAAGGAGAGCACGAUUCUGUUCUGCCUCUAGAACUUUUAUCUGGUGACCAAGCGCGUGAGCUCGAACCAGAGCUUUCACCAAAUGUCAUUGCGGCACUUUGGAGCCCCGAGACAGGCAUCAUAGACUCACACGCCUUCAUGCAAAGUCUCCAGAAAGAUAUAACAGCUAAUUUUGAAUCACCCUUGUCCUUUCAGAGUCGAGUCGUGCGCGUUGACCCGACGUACACGGGACCAGAUGGAGUGCCUGGCUGGGUCGUGCAGGCCGUUCCCCGUUUUUCGGAGAGGUUAUCCGAAGACUCUGACACAUAUGCAAUAUUCGCUCGCGUGUUGAUAAACGCCUCUGGGCUUUCUGGCCCAUUGAUACUGAACUCGCUGCUCGAUGCGCGCAAGCGCAUACCAAUGUACUAUGCACGGGGGUCUUACGCGUCGUACACCGGUCCAGGUAUCUCAUGCGUUUCGCACUUGAUCUACCCUUGCCCCGAAGCAUCGUCAUCUGCCGACAAAGGAGCUCACGCAUUUCAAUCGUUGGGAACGCAUCUCACUUUGGAUUUACAGGGCAAAGUGCGCUUUGGGCCGGAUUUGGAGUGGAUUUCACCCCCGAAGGACACGUCUGAUGUAGACUUUUGGAUGCAAUAUCUAGCGCCUGAUGAGUCAAGGAUCCAGGAUAUGCACGAAGCCAUAUCACGCUAUCUACCAGGAGUUGAGUUGGAUGGAUUGAAGGCGGACUAUGCUGGCAUCAGACCGAAACUCGUUCCUCCAGGCGGAGGCUUCCAAGACUUCGUGUUGCGGAAGGAUUACGAUCGUAGCUUCUUGCCGAAUUUUCGAAGACGAAGCGGAAGCCCAAUGAUCAGUUUGAUGGGGAUUGAAAGCCCCGGGCUCACAGCGAGCUUGGCAAUUGCAGAGAUGGUGGUUGAAGAUAUGCUAGUGGCCGAGAAUGAUCAUAUACGUUGAGAUGCCUAUAAACAUUGUACUAAAGCAAAUGCAUUGCGAGAGGGGUAGCACAUGUAGAAGGUAUGGAUGACUAGUGUCGAGGAAGGGUCUUAGGCUCCCAUGUCUCGAUCUUUGGCUUCGCGGUGUUGUAGGAACGAUAUGCACCUCUUGUUCCAGUCAGAUUCUCGAUCCAUGGCUACAUGGAACCGGAUGUG